AGAGUGGAGGCGCGUUCUGGUUUUCCGUUGGUGGCGGGGGUGGUGCCAGCUCCGGAGAGUGCCGGAAGGAGGAGAAAAGGCCGCAGACUGGGGUCGCUUUCUACCCACAUCCCGGUCACGAAGGGGUGGAAGCAAAAGGACCUUUACAAUCUGGGCUUAAUUUUACACCUGAGGAGAUAAACCCACGCGAGUUAAUUGGCCAGACGUCGUACAGCUGGUCAGUGGGAGAAUCAUCAGUGUUAGUAAUUAACUCCACCUUGGAUUAACGCCCUAGUUUCCUUAGAAGAACCAGAUGAUUUUAAUCAAAAUUUAAUAUCGAAAAAUGUUCUCUAAAACUAUAGUCUCUGAAGUCCCUUUUUAUUUACUCUCUUUUCUCAGCAGCAGCCCUGUUAAAGUUAGUAUAUCAACAGGUUCUCUCUUAAAACAAACCCCCAGAACGCGGUGACAAUUAAGGCCUUCAGUGUGGCUACCUGAAAGUUUUAAACACUGUUCUUUCAGUGGGAAAAAUGGCGAAGAUGAUCAGUUUCAUCCUUCUCACCACUGUUCUGGUAAUGGGCAGGGAAAGCUGGGCUCUUGAGAACUGCCUGAAGGAGCAGGCACGGCUCAGAGCCCAGGUGCACCUGCUUGAGACCCGGGUCAAGCAGCAGCGGGUCAAGAUGGAGCAGCUUUUACAUGAGAAGGAAGUCCAGUUCCUUGAUAAAGGAGAGGAGAAUAGCGUCAUUGACCUUGGAGGCAAGAGGCAAUACGCAGAUUGUUCAGAGAUUUUCAAUGAUGGGUAUAAGCAGAGUGGAUUUUACCAAAUCAAACCUCUCCAGAGCCCAGCAGAAUUCUCUGUUUAUUGUGACAUGUCCGAUGGAGGAGGAUGGACUGUAAUUCAGAGACGAUCUGAUGGCAGUGAGAACUUUAACAGAGACUGGAAUGAUUAUGAAAAUGGCUUUGGAAAUUUUGUCCAAAAAAAUGGCGAAUAUUGGCUGGGUAAUAGAAAUCUUCACUUAUUGACUACACAAGGAGACUACACAUUAAAAAUCAACCUGGCAGAUUUUGAAAAAAAUAGCCGUUAUGCACAAUAUAGAAAUUUCAAAGUUGGAGAUGAAAAGAAUUCCUAUGAUUUGCAUAUUGGGGAAUAUUCUGGAACAGCUGGAGACUCCCUUGCAGCGAAUUUUCAUCCUGAAGUGCAAUGGUGGGCCAGUCACCAAAGAAUGAAAUUCAGCACAUGGGACAGAGAUAACGACAACUACGAAGGGAACUGUGCCAAAGAAGAUCAGUCUGGCUGGUGGUUUAACAGGUGUCACUCUGCAAACCUGAAUGGUUUCUAUCACACUGGCCCCUACAGGGCUAAAACAGACAAUGGGAUAGUCUGGCAGACCUGGCACGGAUGGUGGUAUUCCUUGAAAUCUGUGGUUAUGAAAAUUAGGCCAAAUGAUUUUAUUCCAAAUAUUGUUUAA